CCAGACUUUGAAAACAAAAAAAAACUCUAAUGCUUCAAGCCCUUGUUGGUCCGUCUUCUCCCUCCCUCCAUUGACUCCUCUCAAGCAAGCUUCUUCGAUCUUCUGCUCCUUGGAUGGCACAUUCUUUAAGUUCCAUCUCCACCAACUUGAACAGUUUAGUCCUUAAUCAUCAGUGGAAGAGUUUAGGAACGUUUGUGUUGUCACCAUCUAAAUGUAAGAGGAGAUUUGCAAGAAGGGUUAGAGCUUUGCAAGAAGCUGAAGGUCCAACUCCGAGAAGAUUGAUCGAUAUUAUAAGAUCGGUUCCUGAAAUCUCGAGGAAUUACUUCAAGAAGCCAUCAAGAAGAACGCUUUUCGGAGGUAUCUCGUUGUUAGGUGGGUUUUACGUCGCACAGACUAUCUCUCUGUCGUUUGGAGCUUUGGGAGUGAACGAUGUUAUUGCUGCGGUUUUAUGCGUUCUUUUGACAGAGUAUGUGACGAGAUUCUACUAUAGCCGCACCACGGUUACAUUUCCUAUUGCUCUGCUUAAUAAUUUUAAGAUGGGUUUCACUUAUGGUCUCUUCAUUGACGCGUUCAAGCUAGCUAGCUAACUGUUUGCAAGGCAGAAGUAUGAGAGAUCCCAAAGCGUAGAUGUAAAGAUUAAAUUCAAGCUUUUGGAGUGGUUUGAGAAUUCCAUUAUCAUAAUUUUGUAUUCAAUCAACCAAACACUUCAAAGUUAGAGAGGCUCUGUAGUAUGUCAAAGGGUCUUGGCCGUCUUCUUUCUGGUUUGCAGUGUGAAAUACUUUGCCUUCUCUUGUUUGUAUCUUACAAUGUGAAAUAUAUGCCAAAGUGAGAAUGGAAAGUGAAAUUGUA